CAGAGCUCCCCUGCUUCCAUCUAUCUGAAGAAGUUCAGGCGAGAGCAGGUAGGGAGAAGAGAAGAAGCAGCGGUAGCUGGGGAUGGACUCCGCGGAGAGGUCCAGGAAGAGGGCGCAGAGAUGGAGCAAGCGCAAAGCCGUCGUCAUCCACCUCGCCGUCUGCUUCGUCGUCGGCGCCUUGGCGCCACUGGCCGCCACCGGCGGCCCGUUCAUCGACGGCAUCCGCGCCUCGGUCCUUCCGUUUGGCGGUGUUCAGCGAGUGGCUCCGCCGUCGCCCCCUGCUGUCCCUGACAUCGGCCUCCUGCUGAUCGUCACCGUCACAAGGCCGGACGAGGACGGCAUGUCGCAGGAGGCGUCGGUGACGAGGCUCGGGCACACGCUGCGGCACGUCCCGCCACCCCUGGUAUGGAUCGUGGUUGGUGCCGAGAACAGGUCGGCGUCGACGGUCCAGGUGCUGCGCAGCACCGGCGUCAUGUUCCGGCAUCUCACAUACGCCACCAAUAUCACCACCGCCGUGAACAAUGCCACCAACAACAGCACCGUGGAAGCCAGCGCCAGCACCGCCGUGAACAACGCCACCAACAACAGCACCAUGGAAGCCAGCGCCACCACCGCCGUGAACAACGCCACCAACAACAGCACCGUGGAAGCCAGCGCCUCCACGGCCGUGAACAAUGCCACCACCAACAGCACCAUGGAAGCCAGCGCCAACAACACAACCACCGCCGCCGAGAAGAACGGCACCAACAACACCAUCGUCGAGAACACCACCGUGGAAGGCAGCGCCAGCAACACCACCACCGCCGCCGAGAAGAACGGCACCAACAACACCAUUGUUGAGAACAACACCGGGAAUGCCAGUGACGAAGCGGACCUGCAGAAGAACGUGGCGCUGAGCCACAUCGAGCGGCACCGGCUGGCCGGGGUCGUCCACUUCGCUGCCGCCUCUGCCAUAUACGACCUCGAGUUCUUUGAAGAGCUCAGGCAGACUCGGGGCGUUGCAGCAUGGCCAACCGCAACUGUGUCAUCAGCAGACCAGACAGUAACACUACAAGGACCAACCUGCAACUCAUCACAGAUAACAGGCUGGUACUCCAAGGACUCGAGCACCAAUGCAACAGCAACACAUACAGCAGAUGCGGUUGCUGCACAAGAUACAGGCGCCAUCCGCAACAGCUCCAGUUUACCUCCUGAAAUAGGCAUAUCUGGACUUGGGUUCAGGAGCUCCAUACUGUGGGAAUCAGAAUGGUUCGCCGACAGCAACAGCUCUUCAGGAGGCGGCUCUCAGGACUACAUCCAGCUUGUACGACGAAUGGCGGUCGGCGACGAGGACAUGCGGAAGGGCAUCCCUUCUGACUGCUCCAAGUCACGGAUAAUGAUGUGGCACCUUGACAUGCCAAAGUACACUCCAGAAGUUAAAGAACAGGAGACUCCGCGGGAGCAAAGUCUAUUGGAGGAAGACGAAGAGGACUAUAUGACUUGA